AUGCCGGAGACUCUGAUCUCCUGGGUUGACCCCAAAGUGGAGCCAGAGGUCGCCAACGAGCCGGACUUGAUACAGAAAGUGUGUGAGAUUAUCAACAGGGUUCAGCAACGAAACUCUUCCCAUCAUCGGCAUGGCUUUCGUGACACUCAUGUCAAGACGCAGGCCAUUGUGAAAGGAUCGAUGGUCGUUGAGAAGGAUUUGCCACCCCACCUUAGCCAAGGACUCUUCAGCAGAACGGGUCAGACCUAUCCACUUGCCAUCCGAUAUGCCAAUGAACCAAGCUUCCUGCAGGAUGAUCGCGCACCAGGUCCGAGAGGAUGUGGUAUGAAAGUGUUUGACGUCGACGGAGGUUCGUUCCUCGACUCUGCUUGCAGGCGAACCAAGACACAAGAUUUCACUUUCAAAAACGCCCCAUUGCUAGAGCUUCCAGAUUUGCCUACUACGCUCGAGAUCUUUACGAUCAGGGAGCGAAACUUUGACGAUCCGGAUAACCUCAAAGCAGAGUUGAGUAAGCGGAAGGACAAGGAUUUGCAAUUUGCGCCUGCAGGCCUGCACAAUCACCAUUUUAUGGCAUAUACCAUGUACAGCCAAUCUGCUUACCGCUACGGAGACUACGUGGCAAAGUAUGCCAUGUUCCCUACCAGCCGACUGCAGCAGGAGCUCGCCGCACAGGCAAAGAUCACAGAUGACAGCGAUCCUGACCAGCAUUCGCUGUGGCCACGAGAGUACUUCCACCAGCACGAUGCAACCUUCGACUUCGGGAUACAGCUAUGUCGUGGUCUCGAUGAGCAAAGUGUCGAAGACUGCUCCAAGACGUGGGAUGAAGGAAAGUAG